CUGUCUCUUUGUUUUUCUCAGGGCCUCCAUCUGACAUGAAGAUCAUCACAAAACUGGAAGAACAAAUUCAAGCAUUGAAGCUCAGUAUCUCUAAUCUGGAUAAGCGCAUUCUGUUUACCCACUGGAGCAAAUAUGGACAGAAGAGAUUUGCUGCCAAAGACGAUGAGCUAAACUUUGAAGGGGGUGUGAAGCUCUGCCAAGAAGCCGGUGGACAAAUUGCCACACCAACCAGUAUUGAAGAGAACACGGCCUUAACGAAGCUCAUUAAAUCAGACGGAAUGGCAUACCUUGGCCUGAAUGAUAGGAAAACAGAAGGCACGUUUCAAGACAUCAGCGGUAGUCCCGUGAAAUUCAUUAGCUGGGCACCAGGGGAGCCCAGUAAUGACCAAGCCGACAAGGACUGCUCUGUGAUAACGUCUGACGGGACUUGGAGUGUCGUUCUGUGUACUGGGAGCUAUACCAUAAUUUGUCAGUUUACGGAAUAUUAAGCAUGACAGACGCAGGUCAAGACUUAAGAUACGCAGUUAAGCUUUCAUUCUUCAUCUACAUGCAUUCUGUUGUAUUUUCAGUUAAUUUAGUAAUAAUGUUAAAUUCACAGAAGUGUUUGCUUAACUAGAAGAGAAGGGCACUUUUAUAUACCGCAGCUACAUAGAUAACGCUAGCUUCUGUUGAUCUCCUAUGAGCUAACAUGUUAAAGGAACAUUCCUGACACCCUGCUAACCCGAACCCCGAACCCUAUUUUUUAAUUCUCCUAAAAAUAUUCAAUUUUGCCAAAGGUUGAACCAAAUAUAACAGAGUAUUUGGAAAAACGGCAAUCAAAUUUUUCUCAGUCAUUUAUUGAUCAAAACCCGAUGACCUUAGACUGCUGUUAUUAUGCCGGACUGCAUAUUGAAAUUGUUAGGAAUGCCUUACUUAGGAGAUUGGCUUCUUAUAUUAUUAAAUUUGCACCCCAACCAAAGGUUCAACGUGUUAUUCUUUCUGUAGGUGUUCACGAGUGUUUUUACAUAAUAAAUCAGAGAAGAGAAAUACAUUUUCCAGGAUUUUUACAAGCAUUCAAGAUCACUUUUCCAUCUGCUGUACUGCAAAUGACUCAAAUAGCACCUCAUUCUGGCAAACAAAAAAUAAUGCUUAAAAUUUCUAGUUUUCACAAAAAUAUUUUAAAGUAUGCCAUUGUUUUGCAUAAUGCAAAAGGCCAAUUUGAUAGAAUAUACAAUAUACUAACAACCCAAUUGUGCUUCACUCAUUUAGAAUCUGGCGCCAAUGUAGAAAGCAUUUUAAG